AAAAUUAAAGAGACGACAUCAUCGUCUACUUCGAUUACAUUUCAGUCCCAAUAUUGAAGUUGUGUUAAAACCCUAAAAACCCAUUUACAAAAAGAUUUCAAUACCAAUAUCUACUAUAACCCAAAGUAAUGAGCCGAUACGACAGCCGCUCCGGCGACCCCACUUCUUACCGUGACCGGAAAAGUGAUUCGGGUUUUGGUGGUGCUUCUACCUAUGGCGGUUCUGGUCGGUCUUCUUCUGAGAGGCGAGAACAGGAUCGUGCUGCCUCGCCUAGGAAAUCGGAUUUGGAUGGGCUGACUCCGUUUGAGAAGAAUUUCUAUGUGGAGUCUCCUUCAGUUGCGGCGAUGUCGGAGAGGGAGGUUGAGGAAUAUAGGCAACGGCGGGAAAUUACUGUGGAGGGUCGGGAUGUUCCAAAACCUGUUAAAACUUUCCGUGAUGUGGGGUUUCCAGAAUAUGUUUUAGAGGAAGUAAAAAAAGCCGGCUUUGUUGAACCUACACCCAUACAAGCUCAAGGAUGGCCAAUGGCCUUGAAGGGGCGUGACCUCAUUGGUAUAGCUGAAACAGGAUCAGGGAAGACACUAGCCUACCUAUUGCCUGCAAUUGUCCAUGUUAAUGCUCAACCGAUUUUAGCUCCUGGGGAUGGUCCAAUUGUGUUAGUUUUAGCUCCAACACGUGAACUUGCUGUUCAGAUACAACAAGAAGCUGCUAAAUUUGGCGCAUCAUCAAGAAUAAAAAAUACGUGCAUAUAUGGUGGGGUUCCUAAGGGACCUCAGGUGCGCGAUCUUCAGAAAGGUGUUGAAAUUGUUAUUGCUACACCUGGAAGGUUGAUUGAUAUGAUGGAAUCACAUCAUACGAAUUUGCGGAGGGUUACUUACCUGGUUUUGGAUGAGGCAGAUCGGAUGCUAGAUAUGGGGUUUGACCCUCAAAUACGAAAAAUUGUUUCUCAGAUUCGUCCUGAUCGUCAAACUUUGUACUGGAGUGCAACUUGGCCUAAAGAGGUUGAGCAACUGGCCACUAAAUUUCUUUACAACCCAUACAAAGUGGUAAUAGGAUCAGCGGACUUAAAAGCUAACCAUGCAAUACGCCAACAUGUUGACAUUGUCUCUGAGAAUCAAAAAUACAACAAGCUGGUGAAGUUGCUGGAGGAUAUCAUGGAUGGUAGCCGAAUUUUGAUAUUUAUGGAUACCAAGAAAGGUUGUGAUCAGAUCACUCGUCAGCUUCGAAUGGACGGAUGGCCUGCUCUCUCAAUUCAUGGAGACAAAAGUCAAGCCGAAAGGGAUUGGGUGCUUUCAGAGUUCAAAGCCGGCAAAAGCCCUAUAAUGACUGCAACAGAUGUUGCUGCUCGUGGCCUAGAUGUGAAAGAUGUAAAGUAUGUAAUUAAUUACGACUUUCCUGGAUCCCUUGAGGAUUAUGUUCACCGUAUUGGUAGAACUGGAAGAGCUGGAGCAAAAGGAACCGCCUACACUUUUUUUACGGCUUCCAACGCUAGAUUUGCUAAGGAUCUUAUCUCCAUACUCGAGGAAGCUGGACAAAAGGUCAGUCCAGAGUUGGCUACAAUGGGUCGUGGUGCGCCUCCUCCUCCAUCAGGUUUGGGGGGUUUCCGAGAUCGCGGGAGGGGUUACGGUGGCGGAGGUCGCUCCUGGAACUAACGGUAGCUUCUAGAAAGAAGCAUUUAUUGACUUGAACAUAGAUAUCUGGAUGUCCUACAAAUGAACUCUAUAGAUAGACUGCUGUUUGGUCUGUAAAGAUAAUUUUGUGGAAUCAUCUCCAGCAUAUAUUGAAUCUGUACUAUAUACUGUACUGUUGAAAUCCUUCACUCAAUUAUUUGGAUUAGGUAAAAACUGUAUGUUUUU